CUUCUGAAGAAAAUAAUAAUAUGGUACUAGUAGGUGAAUAAAACCACAUUUAUAACUUGGUUACCAUUAGAAUUGCAUAAUUGACGGGUUCCGGCAACAUGAAAGAACAAGGAAGUUAGAUCGCAGUCCUAUUGACUGAAAACUACAAACUUACGAUAAACUUCAAUAAAAUACGUACAAAUGGUCCAAUCAGUGGUUACCGGGUGGCCACUUUAUAGUUUUUACGACUGCCAAUACUUUCUACUCUAGAAAACGGUCAGUUUUCAACAAAAUGUGCGUAAAAUAUAUCGUCUUGUUCAUUUUUAUCAGUGCCGAAGUUGCGUACAGCAUCUACCCGUACUUCGAUACGCAGGACUUCAUAUACAAUGUUCCGAAAGUUUACAGAAUAUCCAUUACUUUGGAUAAGUUGCUUGAACAUUAUGAGAAGAAGCCUUCCAAAGAUCCAGAGUGGUACAUUGCUUUAGGAAUGGCUAGAGGUCAGUUAGAGUACACUAUAAAUGAACUGGAUAAAUCAGUGCCGGGGAAGCUGAAGGAGAACUUGCAGAAUAUUACGAGACGAAUGGAUCGCAUUAGAAAUAAUACCGACUACUCUAGUUUUAUAUACAGGAGUAAAGAUUACGAAUAUGUGGUCAAAGCAAUUCUGGAAAACUUGGAUGUGUUAUCAAGUAUAAUGGAACCAAUAUCUAUCGGCACAAUGGGAACGCAAAAGCCUUAUCGGUUUGCGUUCGAGCAAUACGUGCAGGAGGCGAGAACAAAGAUGCCGACAAGGAAGGCCGCAGAUGCGUGUACAAUGCAGUUGCUGAUAUCGGCAAUGGAAACGCAGACCACGAAAACGGAAGGUUCUUGUGAGCUGACUCCGGAAUGUUCCACUCAGAUACUGAAGGGUUCAGGUUUGGCGUUUCAGCAGACCAGUCGGGUCAGAGCCGCCGGCUUAGCCUACCUCUUCGAUUGCAUGGAGGGCUUGGACCUUGCAGCGCACAUUUAUAAAUUAUGCAUCCAAGUUUACAAAGAAACAAAGUCCUUGGAAGCUUGGGACCAUCCUCCUGGAACUAAGACUCUAUUUAUGCAGCAAAUUCUGUACUGUGCGUCACAAGGUUACGGAGAGUUCAUCAAGCCGCGUUGGAUGAACAGGAUCUUGGCGUGGCAGGAGCCUAAAGGAUGCUACUCAGAUGAUCGCCAGCCCUUCUUGAAACUGACCGGGUUCAUUGGUCCUGCGUCCGCCCCUACUCCAAAGGAAAGAGAGGAAGAGUACAGAGUAAAGAAGGCAGCAACGUCUGAAGGCGGAGCGUGCAACUCCCUCACGUCGGCGAUGGCUCUCGGCUCCCUCGUCAUCUACAUCAGGGCAUUACUGGAAACAGACCAAGCCUUCCAAUACGACGUGCUAUCAUAGACUAACAACAUUGUUGAUUAAAAACUAUUUGUAUCCCAAACUCUUUGCUACAUAAAAAGAUCUUAAUCAAAAUUAA